AUGGACGCCCGGUCUCGCCCCGCGCUGCUGCCCACCGCCCCGCGCCGUCUGCCGCCCGGGUCCCCGCCGGGCCCGGACACGAGCGACGUCCUGCAACAGAUCAUGGCCAUCACCGACCAGAGCCUGGACGAGGCGCAGGCCAGAAAGCAUGCUCUGAAUUGCCAUCGGAUGAAGCCUGCUCUCUUCAGUGUGCUCUGUGAGAUCAAGGAAAAGACAGCGGUCAGUGUCCAAGGUGUUCAGGAGGAGAGGCCCCCAGACGCUCAGCUCAUGAGGCUGGACAACAUGCUGCUGGCCGAGGGCGUGUCCAAGCUGGAGAAUAGAGGACGAGGCGGAGCGGCGGCGGCCGCCACAGCAACACCAGGUGGCUGUCCAAAUGACACUAGCAUUGAGCACUCUGACUACAGGGCCAAGCUGUCCCAGAUCCGACAGAUUUACCACUCUGAGCUAGAGAAAUAUGAACAGGCCUGCUGUGAGUUCACCACACAUGUCACCAACCUUCUCCGGGAGCAAAGCAGGAUGAGGCCCGUCUCCCCCAAGGAGAUGGAGCGCAUGGUCAGCGUCAUUCAUGGCAAGUUCAGCGCCAUCCAGAUGCAGCUGAAGCAGAGCACCUGCGAGGCCGUGAUGACCCUGCGCUCACGGUUCCUUGAUGCCAGGCAUAAGCGGCGGAACUUCAGCAAACAGGCAACCGAAGUGCUGAAUGAGUAUUUCUAUUCCCACUUGAGCAACCCGUAUCCCAGUGAAAAAGCCAAAGAAGAGCUGGCCAGGAAGGGCGGCAUCACGGUCUCGCAGGUCUCUAACUGGUUUGCCAACAAGAGAAUCCGGUACAAAAAGAACAUGGGGAGGUUUCAGGAAGAGGCUACCGUUUACACGGGUAACAUGGCCACGGAUACCACUGAUGUCAGAGUCUCGGGGAGCCACACCCACUGCCCGUCGAUGCUGAGCUCCGGUUCCCCUGGGCCCUUCCUGCUGACCAGCGCCAGGGACACCUUCCUCACUGUGCAGACACUGGCCUCUCUCCAGGCCCCUCCUGGGGGAACCAAGAUGCGGUCCCAGGGUGUCUGGCAGGGGGCCACCCCUCUGCUGCCGAGCGCUUCACCUGCUGGAGACCCCGGCAGCGGCAGCGCCAACGCCUCUGGUUAAGUUUUGGGGACAAGCAGAAGGGAACGCGCGGGACAGCGAGGGACAGCGCCCCAGCCCUGAUCCCCAGGCCACAGCUGCUCGUCUGUGGGAUUCAAGACGGCCUGAGAUGCCGCACACUCUCCCAUCUUGGUUUGGUUUUUUGAUAGUCGUUUAUGGCAAGAUGAUGAAUUGUCUCCUGUAAGACCUGGCACGGCUGUUCCCAUUAAACGUUCUGGCUUUCU